AUGCUUCCUGUAAUUAUUAUUUGUUUGAUCAUUUUAGGAAUUGAAUUCAUUACAGGGAUUAUAGCAAACGGAUUGAUUGAGUGGAUCAGAAGCAGAAAACUGACCUGUUGUGACAUGAUCCUGACUAGCCUGGGCAUCUCCAGAUUUUUCCUACAGUGGACAAUAUUCAUUAACAAUAUCCUCUUUGCAUUAUCUCCAGUGAUGAAUGGACUGUGUGACAUACGGAGAAACCUCUAUAUUUUUUGGAUGUAUCUAAAUACUCUCAGCCUCUGGUUUGCUACCUGGCUCAGUGUCUUCUACUGUGUGAAGAUCGGCAACUUCAGCCAACCUCUCUUCCUCUGGCUGAAGCGGAGAAUAUCAGGGCUUGUGCCACUGCUACUCAUGGGCUCCUGGCUGGUCUCCUUGGUCACCUGUCUCCCUUUAGUCAAGUUCAUAGAGAGAAAGUUUGCAUUUUGGUUAAUGGCAGCUACCCCUUUAAGACCAGGGGCAGACUGCGAAUGUGUUUGGAGGAUUUUGCCUACGUGUCCCGAGACUAGAAAGACUGCAUGUGUCAGCUCCAAAGAGGCCAGAAUUGAUUUAAUAAACCUUGUAUCUCCAGAAAACAAGCCUAAUUCUCAAAGAUGUAACAUUAGUGUUCAUGGGGCCCGGAUACUCCAAGACUGUGCUGAUGAGCUUGAGAGCCUUCCAGCUGUAGGAAACCAGCUGAACUGGGCAGGAUUAAAAGUUGGUUCCAUCUAA